AAGAACCGUUCAUUCGCUUUUGUGCCGUUGACAAUUGUCAUUCAAUCGCUUUUUCCAUUUCUUUUUUGUUUUCUCAUUCCGCCUUAUGUUUCGCCUUUCGAAGAAAACGCAUAUUGAAUAUAAAUCAGCCAAGAACAAGUACGAAAACGAAAAUCAAGAAAUCGAAAAUCAGUGCUGAUUUUGAAGGGUGUGUGUGGAAUUACUACGAAACGAAACACAACUACAAUACGAAAAGGCAGCGCUGUUGGCAGAGACGAAAAAGCAGCGUCGUUAGCAUUUCCAUUUCGGCAUUGCAGCUCAAAAAAUCGGCGAAUCAGAAACUAAUCAGCCGGCAGAGGCUAUAGCAGUGGUCCGAUCCCGAUCACGCUAUAUACACACCACGUUUAAUAGAAUCGGAAUAUACUACCCAGUAAAUCAAUGGAGGAGAACAAUUCCCGAGUCCUAAGCCUCCUUGGCGGUCUAGCCAUAGGAAUCGUAGGCUUCCAGGUCUUUCGAAAGGUCCUGCCCUGGAUUUAUGCCAAUGUUGUGGGUCCCAAGGUCUUUGGUUCCUCUGUCGAUCUCUCAAAAAUGGGCGAAUGGGCAGUUGUUACCGGGUCGACCGAUGGAAUUGGAAAGGCUUACGCCAAGGAGUUGGCUCGCAGAGGACUGAAACUAGUGCUAAUCAGUAGAUCCCUGGAAAAGCUAAAUGUGGUGGCCAAGGAAAUAGGUGAUAAAUACGGCGUGGAGGUGCGCGUGAUCGAUGUGGACUUUACCGGUGGCGUCGAGAUCUACGACAAGAUCCACGACAAGACCAUUGGCCUGAAUAUUGGUGUGCUCGUCAACAAUGUGGGCAUUAGCUAUAGCCAUCCCGAAUACUUCCUGGACUGCUACAAUGCCGAUCCGAACUUCCUAAGGAAUAUUGUGGCUGCUAACAUUCAUUCGGUGACGCAUAUGACCGCCCUUUUCCUGCCCGGCAUGAUUUCUCAGCGUCGUGGAGUGAUCAUUAAUCUGUCGUCCACCGCUGGAGUCAUUCCCAAUCCCCUGUUGAGCGUGUAUAGUUCCACUAAGGCAUUUGUAAACAAAUUCAGUGACGAUCUACAGACAGAGUACAAGGAGCAUGGAAUCCUUAUUCAGAGCGUUCAGCCUGGUUUUGUAGCAACCAACAUGUCGAAGAUCCGCAAGGCUAGCGUGUUUGCUCCAUCACCGGAAACAUAUGUUCGCUCAGCGCUGUCCACCUUAGGCAUUUCCACUCAGACCGCUGGCUAUCUACCCCACGCUCUGCUCCAGUUGGUCAUCCACUUUACGGAGGCUGUCUUCGGCGAGCAGUUCGCUCGCAGCGUGGUCUUAAAGAAUAUCCUAGGCACCCGAAAACGUGCCCUUCGUCGCCUGGCCAAGGAGCAGUAAAGAGUUCCACAUAAGAUACAGCGGAGAGGGCGUGAAGGCAUUUAUUCGGAGUUGGUUGUGGUGGAGAGUCAGUUGGGUUGUGGGGAAGAUCCGGCUAGUCAUAUAUGUAGCUUAUGAAGUCACAGCGUGUCAUACGAAUCAGCAAACAGAAAGCUUAAAAAUACCAAAAAUGUUUCCCAAAUAAACUAAGUCUAGUUAGUUUUUGUCAUUGAAUAACAUUGAAGAUUCCCAACCAGUCAUGUCAUGUAAACAAUAAUAAAAUUUGUGCAAGCGCAAA